AUGGGCGGGCGUUUGCAGGCUGCCCGCAUGGGCUUCUGGCAGCCGUCGGCGUCACUCAUGGAGGUGCCUCGCGACGAAGUCCAGCACCCCAUCAGCCACAGGACCGAGCUCCUGAGGUGGCAGCGGCAGAGCUGGCUUGCGCCCUGGAACGUCCUGGCAGAGGGCACCUGGAGGCUGCGCUCUGCCUACCUGCCCUUUUGGUCGUUCAGAGGCUCAGCCACUGUGCACUGGACGGCAAAUGUAACCAGCGGGGGGGGUUUCACCUCCUGCCAGCACUGGAGUGGGAGCAGCCCCGUGAGCUUUGGGCCCUGGGAACCCAGCUCCCUGAUCUACGCCAGCUAUCGGUACCGCCGGGAUUACGUCGCCGCCCUGCCGCACCUCGGCUGGGAGCGGCAGCUGCGACGAGAACCCUGGGCGGCCGCCUGCGAACCAGGCCGACUGCCCGGCCUCAGCCCCGAGGCGGACCCCCCGGACAUGAAGCAGGCCAUCGCCUGGGAGCUCGCCGUCCAGGCCAUGACAGAGGACCAGUCCAGGAGGGGCAGGGAGGAGCUGUCUGCCAGGCUGGAGCCCGGGUCCAGCGUCGCCCACAUCCACGCCCGCCUCUCCUUCCGCGAGCGCAGCGCGCAGCUCGUCUUCCUCCCCGUGCACGCCAUCGCCUACGCCUGGGGCGAGACCUUCAACGUGCACAGCGAGCGGGUACCAGACACCUACAUGGCGCUGGUGUCGGGAGGUGGAGGCCCGGUGCACGUGGCAGGGCAGCGGCACUACAGCCGGGUGCGGUGCUGCGGCCUGGCUGCGGCGGCGACGGCGCUGGGCGGGUCCCUGGCCUCCUGGGCGUCCGGUGUCAUGUCGAGACUGGGGCCCGCCCAGGCAGAGCGCAUGGCGGAGGACCAGAGGAUGAGGGAGGAGGAAGGGGACCUGGACCGGGCGCUGGGGUAUGGGAUCGGGCCCAUGGCCGCAGGAUCCGAUGAACAGGAGGCGCUGCUCACAGCCACUGAGUGGAGGCGGUGGGAGAGCUACGACCGGCGGCGCUGGGAGGAGCACAAGCGGCGGGCGUGGGCAGAGGACCUGUGGCUGGCACAGGCCAGGAGGCGGCGCGAGCGACGCGAACUGGCCUCCAGGAUGGCCGCGGCGGAUGCGCGCGCCGCGGCGGACGAGGAAAGGGAGAGGCGGCGGAGCAUGAAGUAUGGGCCCAGCAGCCGCCACAACCGCAUGCAUAGUCAGCGUCCGCAUUUCAGUGGCGGACACAGGGCGGGGGGACGCUCUGAUUUCCUGGGUUACUAUGCGGCACUGGACCUUCAGCUGUCCGGCGGGCCCGUGACGACCGACGAGAUCCGCCGCGCUUUCCGAAGGGCGGCCCUGAGGUCGCACCCGGACCAUCAGGCCCACCAGCAGCAGCAGCAGGGUCGGACACUCAGCAAUAAGGAGGCCCGGGAGAGGUUCCACAGGGUCCGAGCAGCGUAUGAGGUGCUGAGAGACCCCCAGAAGCGAGCACAGUACGAUGCAGGGCAGCGCCCAGACGAGUAG